AUGAUGCUAAGGGUAACAUUAUUAUUACUGAUAUUUUUCCAGCCUCUACUUGCAGCUGAUGAUGAUGAGCUGGAAUUCAGUGAAGAUGAGGCGCAGUAUUUUGCGGCAGAUUUAAAAUGCAGAUUUAAAGAUAAGCAGCUUGUAUCCAUAGAAACAAAGGCGAUGAACGAUAAAAUUAAAAAAAUCUUAAAAAAAAGAGGGGAUAAGUCGAUGUAUUGGACUCAAGGUAAAAGAUCGGACAAUCCACCGGACUUGUACAUAUCCGGUUCUGAUGUCGCCUAUCCUUUUCGAUGGAUGAACGGCCACCGCCUUUCUUUUCGAAACUUCGCACAGGGCAGACCGAAUAACGCCGGUCCUGUCACCCAAGCUCGCAUGUUCAUUUCUGUGAAAUAUCAAAAUAACAAUCUCCUUUGGUACGAUUCCGAUUAUUCGGGAGAAUUCAAGUACAUAUGCCAGAAACCACAAAAAUCUACAACGAAAGCACCACCGGAACCUAAAAAUGAGUACGGGUUCGACCUUACAGGCUAUGUGAAGGACAAUUUUGAAGAGGCUAUGGCAGAUUGUAAGAAAGAAGAUGAACAAAAACCCAUCAAGCUUGACAGUAAAAAGAAAUCGAAUGCGCUACGUGAUGUUUGCAAAGCCAAUGAUAACAGAAUUCCAUACUUUCUUGCUAUGAAAAGAAAGAGUGGAAAAUCAGCAUACAAAUGGCUGGAUGGCGAUAGAGUAAAAAAUGCCAAAUGGGCUCCAAAUCAACCCAGUAAAGAUAACGAUGAGCUGUGUGCUGUGUUCUAUUGGGAACCUGAGAAAAAUGCCAUAUUAUGGGCAUCGAGCGCUUGCAACAUGACCUCUCGUGUUGCCUGCGAGGACGCCUAA